AUGGGGUCGCGUCUCCCAGCCAAAUUUCUGUCGGACAAAAGCCGUUGUCCGUCUAAUUUAUACAUUCACCUCUCCCGUACGACUUAUAUUGAUGGUCGCGGUCAAGUGCUAGCAGCACUGAUAAUCGUUAAAGGCAAUCAACGGCCGCAGUAUGUCAGCAUGUGUCCAUGGUCAUUUGACAUGCUUGGUUCAUCAGCACUCUCAAGUACUCAUGAGUCGUGUGACGCACGCCAGCAGGGUUUUGUUCAUGGAAUCGGAAUGGAGAACCAGCGCGAUGCUACUGGCUGGAAUCAGAAUCAUCUUCAAGACCAUUUCAUAAGUACUCAGGUUUCUGUCAAUUUUUUCGAUGGAGGAUUGAGUAAAGGACACGGGGACUCGGACGAACAUGCUGAUAUGCGACAGCGAAAUGUGCGAUUGAAGCUGCGGCGUGCAAGGGCAAAUGCGCGAGAAAGAACUCGUAUGCGUGCACUGAAUUCUGCGCUAGACACAUUACGAAGACACAUUCCAGUUUUGUCGACUACGAAGACAGUACCAGGACACACUGUCGAUAGUACGCCAUAUUGUCAAACUGGUCUCUCAGUGGCUGCGCAGAAACUGAGCAAGAUUGAAACACUUCGGUUGGCCAGGAAUUACAUAUUUCUACUUCUAUCUGUUUUGCGGAACAACCGACCAACAACUUCGCAGGCUGUUGUUAAAUGUCUUUGUAAAGGUCUGUCGCAGCUCACGGCCAACCAGGUUUCAGCAACCAUCGAAGCAAACGAAUAUGAUCGAGAAGCACGAAGAAUUCUUUUCAAUGACCAAGUUGUCAAAGGCUUUGACUAUGUACCAGCGAACGACUACUUGUGUGGUUCGGUUCAAAUCUGUCGAUUAAUACUUGAGCAACUAGCACGUGAUAGAACCACACAAGAUUGAAGUGCGUACCCUUUGAAGC